AAUGUCAAACAACGCCACGUUGCGAGUCAAACCAUCCAUGUCCUAAGAGCUUGCACGGCACGAUGGAAGUCGUCACGAACUUCUCUUCACCGGCCACACCACUGCACCGGCACCGCCGCCCAUGGCAACGGGCCACCGCGCCCUCGCCAAUCUCACUGCCGUGCUCCUCGCGCCCAUCUUCUUCGUGUGGCUGGCUGCCGCGCAACCACAGGUGUGCGGUGACAGCGGGAGCUACUCGGCGAACAGCACUUACCAGUCCAACCUCGGGCAGCUCUCCGUCAGCCUCCCCAAGAACGCAUCCGCGUCCCCAACGCUCUUCGCCACCGGCAGUGUGGGCUCCGUGCCGGACAUCGUCUACGCCCUCGCGCUCUGCCGCGGCGACACCAACGCCUCCGCCUGCGCGGCCUGCGUCACCACCGCCUUCCAGGACGCGCAGCAGCUCUGCGCCUUCAGCAAGGACGCGUCCGUCUUCUACGACCUCUGCCUCCUCCACUUCUCCAACCAGAACUUCCUGCCCGACACCGACGGGCGAGGCAACCAGUUCAUCUUCCAGACGGACGCGCGGAACGUGUCCGCGCCGGCGGUGGUGUUCGACAACGCCGUCGGCGUGCUCCUGAACGCCACCGCCGACUACGCGUCCUCGAACUCGUCCAAGCGGUUUGCCACGGGCGAGGAGAUGUUCGACAGAGGCGGAAUCCCCGCGAUCUACGCGCUGGUGCAGUGCACGCCGGACUUGGCGCCGGCCGCCUGCCGGAGUUGCCUCGGGGAUAUAAUUCAGAUGAUGCCCAGGUAUCUCAGCGGGGGGCAGAGCGGAAGGGCUUUUUGGAUCCGAUGCAACUACCGGUACGAGUUGUAUCCUUUCUUCUCAGGCAGCCCUCUUCUGCGGCUUCCGGUGCCGGCAUUUGCUGGAAUGCCGCCGUCACCAGUGGACAUUUCGCCGCCGUCACCGGUGGACAUUUCACCGCCGUCGAAUAAAAGAGGGCAGAAGGAAAGAUCAGCAGCAAAGAUCUCUGCAUCGGUGGCCAGUACCAUUGUCUUUGUAUUAAUACUUUCUGCUUCUGCUUUUAUUUGCUUCAAGAAAAGAAAACCUUUGAAGAAGCAGCCAGGACUGGCAUUUCAUAACGCUGCGAGAGGAAAAUGUAUGAUCUUUGAUUUACCUACACUGCAAGAGGCAACAGAGAACUUCUCCGAGGAGAAUAAGCUCGGAGAGGGCGGUUUUGGUACUGUGUACAAGGGAACACUUCCAGAUGAGCAAGAAGUGGCAGUGAAAAGGCUUUCACAGACUAGUAGAGAGGGACUGAAUCAGCUGCACAAUGAAGUGCAAGUUUUGGCUCAGCUCCAGCACAUAAAACUUGUCAGGUUACUGGGGUAUUGCUCACAUCAGAAUGAAGUGAUGCUUGUCUACGAGUUCGUAAAAAACGGGUGCCUCCACAACUUCCUGUUUGAUGAAAGGAAGGGAAGGAAAUUAAAUUGGAACCUGCGGUAUAAUAUCAUUGUUGGAAUCGCCAAGGGAAUAUUGUAUCUUCAUGAAGACUCGAGCAUAAGAAUCAUUCACCGGGAUUUGAAGUCUAACAACAUUUUGCUGGAUGAGAACAUGAAUCCAAAAAUCGCAGACUUCGGGUUGGCAAGGCUGUUAGGAGGAGGCCAUACUCAGACCAAGACAGCUAAUGUUGCUGGAACAUACGGUUAUAUGGCACCAGAGUAUGCAAUAUUUGGAAACGUGUCUCCCAAGAUUGAUAUUUUCAGCUUCGGUGUUUUAAUCCUCAAGAUUGUAACUAGGAGAAAGAAUAACAGUUCGGAUGAUUACAAUAACACAGUGAAUCUCCUAAGCGAUGUAAGCAGUACUUUCAGCUACUUUAUAGUGCAAGGAUACUUAAAAAUUGAUAACCUGAUUGUACAGCAUAUACUCAUAUGCCAGGUAUAUAACUGCUGGACUAAGGAUAUGACAUUGCAAAUAGUUGACAAAUCGCUCAAUGUAUACUCCAAAAGUGAAGUAUUGCGCUGCAUCCACAUCGGUCUUCUUUGCAUCCAAGAGGAUCCAGAUGACAGACCGAACAUAUUCUCAGUUGUACUCAUGCUAACCCGAGACAGAGUAAAACUACAGCCACCACGACAACCAGCAUUUUUCUUUGCGAGAGACUCCAGUUCAGUUUUCGAACAUGCCAGACAUGGCAAUUAUAUAUACGACAAAUCUGAUGUGAUUGUGGAGGAUAAUUUCUCAGUGAAUGAGGUCACUAAUACUGAUCCCUAUCCUAGAUAAGUCGAAACCUGAAGCUUUACAAGUAUGACUAGGACACACCGUUUUCUACGGUUUUAUUAAUUCUCAGUUGCAUGAAAAUUUGUAAAUGUCAAUCACUAGAGUUGCACAUGACGUUGAGUAUCGAUCCAAAGGCUUGAAGAUGUUUCAGAAAUAUUUAUGCAACUUAUCGUAGAUAAUAUGCUUUCUUUUGUACAUAAAGGUGGGUUGUCAUGGAGUUUGAUUAAGGAGGUCUAAACUGGUGUAAUGAUCCAAUACAGAAUGC